ACAACUGGCGCCCCAUUUCUCUUCAUACCCUACCAAACCACCCACCAUAUUUUCCUAUAUAUAUACACAUACACAUAUCCACACAACUUAUAAAAUCAAUUCAGCAGCUCGAUCAAUCCUAGCUCAUAUACAACCUAGUUCUUCAAACUCAUUCUUAUACAAGUUAUCUAUCUCUUGUUUUCUUUGUACGGUAUACUUUCUCAUAUUCUAGUUCGUUGUGUUAAUUGGAUUACACACAAUCAACACACUCAAUCGUGGUUUCAAUACAAUAGCUGAUUACAUGAAAUCAGAAGCCAUACUGCACUACUCUUCAACUUCAUCACCAGAAGUAGUGAGUUGUAGAAUCAAAUCCGAUUCAUCGUCUGCUAUCGGAAGAUUAUGUCGUAAGUUAACGCCGCGAAGGUCGCCGGAAAAGUGUUCGCUUCAUUCAAGUCCAUCAAGAAGUACGACUUUUUGUGCUAAUGAUGAUGAAUGCAGUCAUGAGAUGCAAAGGGUAUUCAUGUACUUCGACGAGAACGGGGACGGCAAGAUCUCACCGGAGGAGUUGCAGAGCUGCGUGAGGACGGUGGGAGGGGAGCUGUCGGAUGAGGAGGCUGAGAUGGCUGUCCGGUCAUCAGAUUCGGACGGAGACGGGAUGUUGGGGUUGGAGGACUUCAGGAGGCUGAUGGAGAAUGGUGGAGAGGAAGAGAGGAAGGAGGAGCUGAGAGAGGCCUUUAAGAUGUAUGAGAUGGAGGGGACUGGGUGUAUUACACCCAAGAGCUUGAAGAGGAUGCUGAGUCGACUCGGGAAGUCGUCCACUGUGGAGGAUUGUAAGGCCAUGAUCAGCAUGUUUGAUAUCAAUAGUGAUGGUGUCCUUAACUUUGAGGAAUUCACCAUCAUGAUGCACUGAUCCAUGAAUUCCAUAAUUUGCACAUAUAUACGUGUACUCUACUUUUGAUUCUUUUAAUUAAAUACAUUCAUUUAUUUGUUAUUUUA